UAAUGGUAGCUUCCGUGCGGUCUCUCUAGUCUUCCUUUUCCUAUUGAAGUAGCAGCCAUGAGCAUGCUCAGGCUCCAGAAGAGGCUUGCCUCUAGCGUUCUGCGCUGUGGCAAGAAGAAGGUAUGGUUGGACCCCAACGAGACCAAUGAGAUUGCCAACGCCAACUCCCGUCAGCAGAUCAGGAAGCUGGUUAAGGAUGGUCUCAUCAUCCGAAAGCCUGUCACUGUGCAUUCUCGUGCCCGAUGCCGCAAGAACACCCUUGCUCGUCGUAAGGGAAGACACAUGGGCUAUGGUAAGAGAAAGGGUACUGCCAAUGCCCGUAUGCCAGAGAAGUUGUGCUGGAUGCGCCGCAUGAGGAUCUUGCGUCGGCUUCUCCGUCGCUAUAGGGAAUCCAAGAAGAUCGACCGGCACAUGUACCACAGCCUGUACCUUAAGGCCAAGGGUAAUGUGUUCAAGAACAAGCGUAUCCUAAUGGAACACAUUCACAAGCUGAAGGCAGACAAGGCCCGCAAGAAGCUCCUGUCUGACCAAGCAGAGGCUCGCCGCUCCAAGACCAAGGAGGCUCGCAAGCGCAGAGAGGAACGUCUCGCAGCCAAGAAAGAGGAAAUAAUCAAGACCUUGUCCAAGGAGGAGGAGACCAAGAAGUAAUUGGGCUUCUCGAUUUGGCUCUGCCUGUACUGACCGUUCCAUCUGUCGAGUUCAAGGAAUAAAAUUGUAUAUUAAAACAAA